GUUUUGAUGAUUUGGGUGUGGAAGCUAAGAUGGAAGUUUCCUCUCUCUAGAGGGUUGCGACGGCUGCGUGUCUCGUCUGGCCACCGGAAUCAUUUGCCUCCCUCGUUCUCCGCCCAAGGCCUUCGCCACUACGUCUCCGGUGGCAGCUAUUUCUUCCCCCUUUCGGCCCCUCGAGGAGGAAAUCUGUGAAUGGAAAGAAAUGGAAGUUAUGGACUUAUGUCAUCAUCUUUACCUGUUCUACCGACCCCCUCAGAAGAGAAAUUUCCUAAGCUGACAGACUUACAACAAGUUUCUGUGGAGAGGGAAAUAAGAAACAUCGCACUGGCUUCUCACCAUACUCCAUUUAUCUCUGAUGGUGGGAUUGUUGGAUCUCUGUAUUCAUCCCCUUCAGGAUUUUCUUCAGAACUUAAUGGGUCUUCCUUUUCACUUCACGAGGGGCAUCCUCUGUUUGCUACACAAUCACCGAGAGUUGGGGUCUCUUUGCAUCCAACUAAUCCAUCAUGUCCAGGAACAAUUCAACCUAUCACAACUAAUUUUCCUAGACAGUCCACUGAAGUAGCCUGGUGCCCAGAUGCAGUUGAUAACAUUCUUGAUUUUACAGACAAUAACAUUGGUGUGGGCAAUCAAAUGCCAAGCAAUUCUGCCAUGGUUUCUGAUGAUCUUAGUAAACAAAAUGAGUGGUGGACAGAUAUAAUAGAUGAAGAUUGGAAGGAAAUUCUUAAUGAGACAACUGCUAUUGAAUCUCAGCCAAAGGUUGUAUACUCAACAACUCAAUCUACACCUAAUAUAUCAGUGCAUGAGCCACCAAUCCAUCAUUCUGUUCCAUCUAAUUCAGGAGAGACUUGUGCUGUUAUUAGUUCGUCAUCUGCUGCGACUAACGCAGCCAAGCCACGCAUGCGCUGGACUCCAGAGCUUCAUGAAUGCUUUGUAGAUGCUGUCAACCAGCUUGGGGGGAGUGAAAAAGCAACUCCUAAAGGUGUGCUGAAGCUCAUGAAAGUGGAAAGCUUGACAAUAUACCAUGUUAAGAGCCACCUCCAGAAAUACAGAACAGCUCGGCACAGGCCAGACUCUUCGGAAGAGAUAUUCAACAAGAAGAUCACUUUGAAGGAAGAAAUCCCUUCUCUAGACCUCAAGACGAGUUUUGACCUUACUGAAGCACUGCAACUCCAAAUGGAAGUUCAGAAACAGCUCCAUGAGCAACUUGAGAUUCAGAGGAAUCUGCAGCUGAGAAUUGAAGAGCAAGGAAGAUACCUGCAAAUGAUGCUUGAGAAGCAAUGCAAACAGAGCAUCCCGGUUGCCACCACUGUGGAAGGACCAUCAACCACAGCUUCCGAUCUAAUGCAUUCAACUGACAAGGUUGACGUCCCAGAGAACAGUGACGACAGUGCAAAUACAAACGAAGGUUCAAAGCAAGUUGGUAACGAUGAAAAAAUGCCUGACGCUGAACUUUCAGAUAAAAAAUAAUCGGCUGCUAUCGGUCAUUGUUAGUGUUAUUUUAGUCAUUGUACCAAGUAUCACAAAACAAAACAGGUUAGUGUUAUUUUUAUGCUUUGAUUAGUUAUAUUAUACCGUCGGACUCCUCUAGGUUAACUUGCAUUCUAAUGAAUUGCAAGAUAUGCAUUCUAUUAUUGUCAUAA